AUGUGUUUUCAGUCUUCUGCUGGACCUUUGCUUAAGUCCUCUUGCGUUUCUCUUCCAGGGAGCCAUGGCCUGGCGUGGCAGGCGUGUGGUCCUCAACUCCAGGCGGUGAGCUCUGUGACAGGAGCGCGGCUCUCUGCGUACCGUUUCCAGGGAGCAAAUAAACAGCCUCCCACUGUGCAUGUGGUAAAGGAGUUUUCCUGGCAGAAGAGAACUGGGCUGCUGGUUGGCUUGGAAGAAGCAGAGGGAAGCGUUCUCUGUCUGUACGACCUUGGAAUAUCAAGAGUGGUUAAAGGCGUGGCUCUUCCAGGAAGGGUAACUGCUGUAGAGCUCAUAACUAAUCACGGAGGCAUCACCAGUGCGAGCGCUCGGCACCUACAUCCGAGCCUGCAAUGGCUCUUUGGCGUGGCAGCAGUGGCUACAGAUGUUGGCCACCUACUUCUGGUUGACCUUUGCUUGGAUAAUUUAUCUUGCAGUCAGAAUGAAAGAGAAGCAUCGGAUCUGGAAGUUGCCAGUGGAAUUCCUGUGGGAGUUCCAAAGAGAAGAAAAACUGUGGCCAGAGAAGGGAGACAUCUCUGUUUUCAAUUACAAAAUCCUUCGGGAACAGCAGUAUCAACCCUGAGCUACAUAAGCAGAAGCAAUCAUCUCGUCGUGGGUUUUUCCGAUGGCUACCUGUCACUGUGGAACAUGAAAACGUUGAAGAGGGAGGACCACUCUCAGCUUGCAGGAGGAAGGAUUCCUGUCUAUGCUGUCACUUUUCAAGAGCCUGAAAAGGAUCCUCGCAACUGUUGCUACUUGUGGGCUGUUCAGUCUACCCAAGAAAGUGAAGGUGACGCUGUGAGUUUACAUCUGUUGCAGUUACUAUUUCAUGAGAGAAAACGCCUGGCAUCAGGACAGGUCAUGUACGAGGGUUUGGAAUACUGUGACGAAAGGUUCAGUUUAGAUCUCACGUGUGGAGUCUUUCCCUGGAGAGGGCCGACCGGCAAUACCAAAUUUCUGAGCUGCCAGACUGUAGAAAAAUUUCCCAAGCCGGUUGACGGAGAGGAUAGCGUUAAUGAAGUAAUAUCUCCUGAGACCAGUGUAUCAGUCUUCAGCUGGCAAGUGAAUACGUAUGGUGAGGGAAAGCCAUCUACUUACUUGGGUGUAUUUGACAUUAACCGCUGGUAUCACGCUCAAAUGCCAGAUUCACUGAGGCCGGAAGAACUCCUUCACGACUGCCCCUAUUUUGCGCUGUGGUCACUGGAUACUGGACUAAGUAUGACUUCUCCAAGCCUCGUUUUGGAUAUUCGAGUACGUGAGCAGAGUCUCUGUCGCGGAGUGCCUCCUUCCUAUCCACCACCUGAUCAGUUUUUUAAUCCAAGCUCCUAUAAUUUUGAUGGUACGUGCUUGCUGAACUCCGGAGUUGUCCAUAUGACUUGCACCAGCUUCCAGAAGGAGAAUGAUCGCCAUCCUCGCUUCAGAGAGGGGGCAUGUGCCAGAAAGUCUGAAUUACGCCCAUAUCGGAAGAUCCUUCCUAGAGUUCAAAGGCAGCUGGCUGCAGAGAGAGCCAGGCCUUACCAUUUGCCUUCGUCGGCCUUAAGAGGAGUUGCGAGACCAAAGCCAGUAUCAAGAGCAAGAAAACCAGCCAAUUCAGGAUAUCUGGAUAUCAUAGCAACUUUCAUGAGUAAUGUGUUAUCCAGAAUUGGAGCAGCAUGGGCAGGAAAUGAGCAGAAAACCUUUUCCUCACGAUAUGAUAGGUAACCAACGAUGAUAUAGCACUGCCUGGGGAUUCAUGGGAGCAUCAUCAUGGAAUGGCGGAGGAUGCAUCGUCUGAGACUAGAGAUAAGGCAACUGUGCUUACUCUGAGCAAUCCUGAGGAGGAUCGUGCUGAAGUGGAAGCGUUUUCAAAAAGCAUACCUGGAGAUGGUUUGGAGAAAAUGGAUGUCAGCAAAGAAAACAGCAACUUCUCUGCCCGUUCAGACCAAACUACUUUGGAGUAUCACGAUGCAAAAUCACCUGGCGGUUUUUCAUCUGUUCCCAUGUGCCGAAUCGCAAAUAGCUUAGCUGUUGAUUUCUGGUGGCGAAAAAACAAGCUACAGGCAGCAGCCAGCCCGUGUUUUCUCAUGAGUUGAUAGGCAGUGCUUUUCACCUCUUAGUCUAGGCCAAUCUGAAAAUACUAUGAAAUUGUAGACUCUCAAGUAAGAAGGUAGCAGUUUUUUCUUAUUUUGUUGGUACUUUUGUCUUCUGUGCAAAACUUGCAGGUUUCCAAUCCAGGAAUGCUUUUUUUUUUCUUGGCAAAGUAGUCCAGGUAACGAGUCUCUUGGAUGUGCUUGGAGAUAAAUGUUCUGUGGUUCCUGUUGAAUUCAAGCCGUUCCUAAAAUAAAAUGUGUUUUUCAAAGCCC